CAGAGUGGAUUUGGUCACUCCAGUGGUUUACAGUGGACGGGUUGAGGUGGAUGAAUGCAUGAUAACUCGGAAAGGAGGAGUAGAACAAUAACAAGCGUGUUGAGAGGAGAGUCGCUCUGAUUGGUUUUGGGAGGGAAGCCCCAUGUGCCUGGAUCUUAAGGCAGUUCCUGCCCUGAUCUAAUGGAGGAGAGCGGUACAUGGUGACAUCCGCUGUGCUGCAGUCAUCUCCAGUCUCAAACCUGUUCUGCCAAACCUCACAGCAUGUCCGGUGCCUACGAUGAGACAGCAGGGCCUGAUGAGGCCACAGACAGCUUCUGGGAGGUAGGGAACUACAAGCGUACGGUGAAGCGGAUCGAUGAUGGUCACCGACUCUGCAAUGACCUAAUGAGCUGCAUCCAGGAGCGUGCCAAAAUAGAGAAGGCCUAUGCACAGCAAUUAACAGACUGGUCCAAGAGAUGGAGACAGCUAGUAGAAAAAGGGCCUCAGUAUGGGACAGUGGAGCGAGCGUGGAUCGCGGUGAUGGCAGAGACGGAGAAGGUGAGCGAGCUCCACCAGGACAUCAAGAGCAGUCUGUUGAAUGAGGAUUUGGAAAAGGUGAAGAACUGGCAGAAAGACUCCUACCACAAACAGAUGAUGGGAGGCUUUAAGGAGACCAAAGAGGCAGAGGAAGGCUUCAGAAAGGCUCAGAAACCAUGGGCCAAAAAGCUCAAAGAGUUGGAAACAACAAAGAAAGCAUACCACAUGGCCUGCAAGGAGGAGAAGCUGGCCUCCACUCGAGAAGCUAACAGCAAGGGAGAGACAUCUGCCACUGCAGAACAACAGAAGAAGCUUCAGGAGAAGGUGGACAAGUGCAAAAAUGAUGUUCAGAAGGCCAAAGAGAAGUAUGAGAAGGCCUUGGACGAGCUGAGCAAGUGCACACCGCAGUAUAUGGAAAACAUGGAGAUGGUAUUUGACCAGUGCCAGCAGUUUGAGGAGAAGAGACUGGCCUUCCUACGGGAGGUGCUGCUGGACAUCAAGCGCCAUCUAAACCUCACAGAGAACCAAAGCUAUUCCACAGUCUACCGGGAGCUUGAACGAACCAUCACGUCCGCCAGUGCCCAAGAAGACCUCAAGUGGUUUAGUAACAACCACGGCCCAGGCAUGCAUAUGAACUGGCCACAGUUUGAGGAAUAUAAUCCAGACCUGAGCCACUCCAUUAGCAAGAAAGAGAAGGUGAAGAAGAACCAUGAUGGAGUCACGCUCACCCACGUCACACCUGCUGGGGAUCAUGCAACACCACACACUGGAGACCGGGGCAGUGUGAGCAGUUAUGAAAAGAACCAGGCGUACUCAGCAGAAUGGUCAGAUGAAGAGCAGACUGCGGCCCAGCCGGCCGCUGAGACAAACGGCGGAAACAACCCUUUUGAGGAGGACGUGAGCAAAGGGGUGCGGGUGAGGGCGCUGUACGACUACGAAGGACAAGAGCAGGACGAGCUCAGCUUCAGAGCAGGUGACGAGCUGACCAAACUAGAGGACGAAGACGAACAAGGCUGGUGUAAAGGCCGGCUAGACAGUGGUCAGCUUGGCUUGUACCCGGCUAAUUACGUCGAGCCCAUUUAGUUGCCUUGUUUGGAGGACGGCCUUCUUUCUAGAAUGGCCUGAAAGACUGCACUGUCCACUGCACAUAACCAGAGACUCCACAAUACUUUCUUGAACAACAGACUGGCUGAGCGUCUACCAUGCACAUUCCUCCUGUAUCUUAGUCGUCAGUGAAAACCGUCACAAAACAAACCACAACACGUACCCAAAGUAUACUGUAUCUACUGUGUCCAUCCAAGAGGUUUGGGUGAUCUUAAAUGAAGCCUUUGAAGCAGUACAUAUCUAACAUGUCAGUGCAGGGAGAGGUUUUGUAUCCCUGUGUAUCCGUUAUGAAUUUAUGUGCAGCUGGCAUAUGUGUACAAGUAUGUUCUCCUGUAAAAAACAACAAAAAAACAUUGACAUCGAUAUAAUGUAGUCCAUGAAGCCUAGCAUAGCAAGAAUGACUAUGCACUGUGUAUAUUUGAUGACUUUUGCGAGUGGCAGCGACAGUCUCAGUACCUGAUAUGGCCCUGCUUCAUGCGUUGCAUCUGGGUUAAGACAAUUACAUUCCUUUCUUACAUUUUAUUUAUUGAUUUGAUGACAUCCCUGUCAAAGGUGUGUAUGGUUUUUACCUCCCUGUAUAUGAAGCGACAUACGUUUCGGCAUGUGCUACAGUGUUUACUCAGUUAAUUCCACUCGGAAUGCUGCUUGCGCUGGUUUUAGCCGCCUUAUUGCAACUGGACUGUGAUUCUAAAUGCACUGGCAUUUAGAAAUUCAGUUCAGGUAAAUUGGCUUGUUUUUCUCAGGUGCUGUCAUGAUGUCCUGAUAUUUAGUUUGCCCCAUAACCACGAGCCUGUCUUUGUUCAAUCCACCUCAGACAGAUUUAGUAUUAAGUGUCAUGAAAAAGUGUCACAUUGACAUCCCCUUUUGACUACAGAAAAUAUUUAUUUAUAUAUUUCAACAAGAAUGUGAUCAUAUUUUGUUUCACAAUUUAAAUUAAUAACAGUCAUCUCCGUGGAAAUCCUGAGCUAUUUUUGGCCCACUUAAACAUAGAAAAACAUGUCUUACCUUAGCCUAGUCCUAUAAAUCUAGUCCAUAUUCUCCUUUCACUGGUGAAUUUCCAUUCAGAAUACUGUGUAGUCUAGGACUAGGUUUAAUCCCCGUCUGGGAACUUGACCCAUAAACUUAAAGGACAUUGCAUAUUAAAGGAUUCCUUCUACAGAGUAAUGACGAAGCAAAACCCUAGUGGGGACCAAUUAUCAUAAUGUCACAUACAUACUAACUGAUCCCUCCAAGCUUUUAUUCAUUGUUAGCGGUGAAAUGUUCCUUCAGAAUUCUCUUAUUUCUGUUCCAUGUGUGCUGAGGGCAUGAGAAUGAAUACAGCAGGAUCACAUCUGUACGUUAAAGCUCAUGUGAUGUAAUCUACUCUUAAUGCUGGUGUAGUGACUGUUCAACUAUAAAAUAAAACACAUCAACCUGA